UGUACCCGUCCGUGGGCCCUUCCUGCUGGGGGGCCGUGCCGGCGGCCAGCCCGAUGCCAGGCACAGACGGUGACCGGGAGGCGAGGAGACGCCGCUCAGAGGCCGCCGCCGGGGAAGGCACCUCGGGCGGCCCCGGUAAUAGGCAGCGCCGCUACCCCGAGGAGGAGAGGGUACAGGCGGCCAGCUGGAGCCUGGAGAGGGGCAGCGAGAUGCUGCUGCUGGAGACAGACGAUAUCGCCCUGAAAUACAUUCGGCCGGAUGAGUGUGUGAAAUACAUGAGGGUGUGUGUAGAUCCAGCAAUACUGGAAGAUGCUAGCGCAUUUGUUCUGCUUGACGUUCUCAACACACUAGAAUCAGAAUAUAGUGUUGAAGCUCAAUCAGUUCCUUCAACUAUCACCUGGAGAAGAGAACUUCCUGCAGUCACGUUAAGUGACCUGCCUGCCGAGACUAAAAAUAUGUACAAAUCGAAGGAAGAGAAUCAAGUUUUGGUGCUGCUUUCACCAAAUCACUUUCUCAGGAUGGUCUGGUCACAUAAACAGAAAAUGAAGGGCAUUUUCACAGAAAACAUUUGCGAAACGUUUGAUAGCUUUAUAAUGAGAGUUCUGGACAAGCAAUCUCACAGAGCAGCCACAUUAGCUGUCAUUGGACUGGAUACUUACACAAGGGAAAAAGGGCUUUACAGUCCUGUGAAACGACCGAAGAAUUCAGAAAACGAUCAGGUUGAAGACUCAGAGUCUUGGGUCAGCAGGGAGCUUGGAUUGACUUGUGCAGAUUUGGAUGAGGUGCAAGUGGCGUUACAGUUGCAAACACACACAACAAUUUGGUUUUUAGAGAACUGGCAACAGUUUGCUGAUCAUAUCGCAACCCUUACAAAGGCAAUCGCCCGAAGUCCUUUCAAAAAGCAGACAGAGAAAAUGACCUUCUCGUUCUGCCCUGAUGGGACGUGGUCCACUGGUGUGAAAGUGGAUAAGGAUGGAAAGGGCCUCCUGAAGUUAUGGAAAAAACAGCUUCAGCAGCUGAACAGGAUCACCCAACCAGUGGCAAUGGCUAUAGCACAAGCCUAUCCUACACCAAAGCUGCUCUUGCGGGCUUAUAGACAAUGCAGCACAGAGUGGGAGAAGCAGAAUCUUCUAUCAGAGGUCAAAGUGUACGCAGCAGGAAAACGUGUCGAUCGAAGAGUUGGACCAGACAUAUCACGCAGAUGCUGCCAGACCAGAGUUUCUUCUGCAAUUUGUUUUUGAGGAAGCAAAUGGUCUUAUUCAUAAAGUGAGCUUAAAAAAGGAGGUAGCUAGGAAGGUAGAAAGAAUACUGGAAAUGUGUUAGAAGUAGCUGAUCAGAUCUUGCUUUGUUUGAAAAGACAAGAUAGUUUGGGGAUGGACAAGUUAUAAUGUUGAAUAAAUUGAUAUGUCCGUUUAAAUGACCCAUUUCAUCCAUUCAAAAUAGAUAUCAACUCAUGACACUCCCAUUAGAAUUGUGCUCUCUUCAAUGAUAGAGUUAAUAAAUUUUACAAAAUACCAGAUUGAACAUAGCCAUCUUGUGGCACCCUGCUUUGUUGUAUGUACCUAUUUCUUAAAAUCAAUUCUGGUCUGGUCUCAGAUUUAAGUUAAUAUUCAGAAGCCUUGUACUCUUCCAGUACGACUGCAACAACAUCUACCCAGAGUGUAGAAAAUUGCUGUUAAAUCCUGUGCUAAAGAGGACAAAUUUAACUUGGCCAAUUCUUGAUUAAAUUAAUGGUAAAGAUCAUCAACAGUGCUAGCAAAUACCAUUUGCAAAGAAGUGGCCCGUUAACUGAUGUGCUGUUGGGUUUUGCCAGGACCUUUCAGCUCCUUACCUCACUAGAGUCUUGGUUCAAACAUGGACAAAUGGACUAAUUCACUAAUUCUGGGAGGCAAGCAGAGAUGAGCAAUUGGCCUCCAAAUCAAGGCAGCAUUUUACCAGGUUCAUGUGCCGCAGAGCCCUAGCAAAACAAGGGAAAGGCACUGACCACCUCCAACAUGAAUCUAACCAUUAUCCUUUGAUGUUCAAUGGCAUUACCACCAAUGAACUCAUUUGGGAGAGUUGCCAUUCACCUGAAAAUGGAAUAGGACCAGCAAUAAAUAACAUGGCUACAAAUCAAAGUCAGAGGCUACGAAUUAUGGUGAGCAACUCAUGAAUCCCCAAUGUUGUCUAUUGACAAAUGGCACAUGUCAGGAUGUGAUGAAUACUUUUCACUUGCUUGGAUCAGUGGUCCUCCAACAAUGCUCUAGAAACUUGAAACCAUCCAGGACAAAAGCAGUUCACUUGAAUGGCACCUAUCCAUCUUCAACAUUCACAAUUUUCACUAAUGCAUACUGGCAGAAGUGUGUACCAUCUACCAGAUGCACUACAACUCAACUGUCCCCCUCAGUAGUUUCUUAUAACUGUGUGGGAAUUAGAUAGUUACAAAUGGGAAAGGUAUACAAGGUCAUUGGGAAGGAGGCAAAAUGGUAGUGAGCGGUUCUAAUUUGGAGAGCCAGUGCAGACAACAAACUGAAUUGACUGCAUAGAACAAGACCAAAGUAAAGUUCUACAAAAUCAGUGUUUAGAUUAGUUUGGAACCUGGGGAGGAAAAAAAAAAAAGUGUUAAAUUGUAAUCACAGCAAACAAAGUGAACAGCUUUCAUUCUAAAAAGCAAGACUAAUAUCAAUCCACCUCAGCCAAGGUGAGUUUAGGAGUAACCCAGUUGACUAGAAGAUGCAUAAGGCUUGCCUAAAACACAACCUACAUCCAAUGUUUGCUCAGCUUUAGAUUAAAUUUAUACAUAGUUUUCCAAAAUGCCAAAAGGCUACAACUUCAGACUUCCACACACAAGUGUGGAGUGAAAAGUUAACAUUAAAAUUAAUUGAAAAUGGCAAACCUUCUGAAGUUAAAUUUUGGCACAUUUAUGACAAAACAGGAACUGCAUUUGUUUCAUGAUCUAGAAAAUAUUACUCAAAAGGCAAAAAUUGUUCACAAUUUAGUGAGAAGACCCAAGAAAUGAUCAAAGACCCAUUUAAAAAUGAUAGGUAGUGGUGGUGGAGGCAGAUUUAAUUGCCGCUUUCAAAGAGUUGGAAGAAAACCAAAAAUAAAAUUCUGAAAAUGCAAGACUGUAGAAAAGGUUUAACUAAAAAAUCACUGUUGCAGAAAGCCAACUGACUUGAUUGGCUAACUGAGCUUCUUCUGAUUACAGCACAAAAACAGAAGUGGAGUGACAUUAAGAUAGAGAUUUGAUGGAACAAUAGAUUUGAUUAAAUAAAAAUGCUUAUUGGAGAGUGGGUUCAGUUUCACAUACAAAAUUUUGACUUUUCAGCCUGAGGGGUACUUGGAAUUACUUUGAUCUUGAUCAUGACUUCUGUCAAUAGAUGGUAGAAUUGCAAACAAAAAACGUACAUGAAUUUCCUGAAGAUUAAAACCAUAACCACUGGCUUUACCAAGAAGAAAUGCUCCGUAAGAGUUCAGAUUAAACUUGCUAAAGCAAUUAAAGGUUAUGACUAAUGUUAAGUAAAUCAAGUGAUUUAGAUAACAUUAUAUUUGCAAAGUUGAUAUAAUACUGAUCUAAAAUCAAUAGCCUUUAGCAUUUUGUAUGCAUAUGAAUUCGUACAUAAAGACUAAAUGCAGUCUGAUUUAGACUAGUCAAUGUACCUCAACUGUAGUAUUUUUGCAAUACAAACAAUUGUUAAUCUAUUGAAAUGACAGAUUUGCUAUAAAUCGCCAGCUGAAAAACUAUGAUGCAUUAAGUACCAAUCACUCCUGGUACCAAGUCUGAGAUAGUGUUCAUAGAGUAACAACGGUCGAAAAGCAGAAACAGUUUUCUGUUGGGUCUUGUAAUUUAAGUGUUGUAGCUUGUUUGUCCGCAUUCCCUUUGGCCCAUUAGGGGAAGAUGGGGCAGGUUCCAGAAAAUUACACAAGGGCAUGCUCGUGCAUUUAUAAUUGGUUUUCCAACUUUGAUGGAACACAGACUUUCAGAAUGAUUCAAGAUGGUGAAAUUUUCAGUGACGAAGCAGCAGCACACAACCUAUAAAUAUACAAAUUCUAGCGAUGAUGAGGAUUCCCUCCUUUGAGGGGAGUUUCAAUCUGUAGGCUGAAGGUGAUCUCCAGCAAUGGUGAGAUCAUCAAGCGAGGUAAACAGUCCAACACAGUUGAAGCAUUCAGAUGGAAAAGCCUGUUUUUCCCUACCUCAUUCCCCGCACUGAGGCAACUGCUCAGCCGUACCUCAGUGAAAUGUCAAUUACACCUCAAAAAUGUUUGGCUUUUCUCAAAAAAUUAAUAAUGUCACAGUCUAAGUUCAGCGACUUGUAAAAUUGAUCUUUGUGGGGUCCUCAACGGUAUGCCUUGGGAAGCACAGAACCAAUGAAUUACUUCCAGAUUUGUUUAGCUGUGUGUGCAAAGGAAUCCAGACACAGUUGCCAGUUCGAGGAGAAACUACAGCAAAUGUUGAGUUCCUGAAGUAAACUUUUCAUUACUACUGCAAAAAUAGCAUUUAAAGUUACACAAUUGGAGAGAAAGCCUAAAUGUACAGCCAAGCACAAAUCAAUAGGUGUUAGUGUGUGACACACCCACCUUAAACAAGAGGCGAGGCAAGGUGAGAGAUGAAAAAUCUACUGCAAAUACAGUCAAGGAGUGUGGAACUCAAUCUACUGGAAGUUUCAGGAUCAAAAUGCCGAUAUACAAUUGUUAACACCAAUUAGUAUUCUGAAAACACAAUUGUUGCUUCGCUGUAUUCACUGCAACACUUACAUAGAACAUAACAGCACAGUACAGGCCCUUCAGCCCUCGAUGUUGUGCCGACCUGUAAUACCGAUCUCAAGCCCAUCUAACCUACACUAUUCCAUGUAUGUCCAUAUGCUUAUCCAAAGACAUCUUAAAUGUACCUAAAGUUGGCGAAUCUUACUACUUGUACAUUAUCCUUGUAAUUUCACAUCAUGAAAAGGCUGUUUGUAGUAAUUAAUAACUGUACCAUUGUAUUAAUGGAUGUGGUCAAAUAAAAUUCAGUUGUGAUUGC